GGCUGCAACCUUUGAAAGACUGAAAGGAAAGGGAAGCGAGGGGGAACUGAAGACUGUGGCUGGACUGACCUUAUGAUUCCCGUUCACUUGCUUUCUUGUUCAUUACCAGUCAUUUUCACGAUGAAAACAAUCUGUGCGUACUCUUGUCUUCUUUUUGCUGUGAGUGUUGUGGAGAUGACGCCUCUCAACAUAACUGGCCAUGUUGGGGGGAAUGUGACAAUUGAAUGCUCAGACUGGAACUCUGUGACUGAUGUAAAACUUAGGGUUAAGUACUUUUGUGACAGUCCAUGCACAGAAGACAAACACAUCAUCAUCAAAGCGGAAUCUGGAAAGACUAAAUAUAAAAACAGAAUAGAGGUAACUAACACAGCAGAUGGUUUAUUUGUGACCUUCACUAAUCUCCAAGAGUCAGACUCGAAGACAUAUUACUGUGGAGCAGAGAAAUUUGGCCCUGAUUUAUACAUAAAGGUCAAUCUUAAAGUCACAAAAGCUGAGUCUUACAGUCCCAAGACAACUCCAAAAAAAGUCACUGCUGGUCCCACUCUCUCAUUUACUGUGACAGACGACUCCAUCACGUCUUCAAACAGCUCAGAUAAUGUUAGUGAUAUGUCAACGUCACACACAACCCUGAAUACAAUGUUGCCUACUGCACCCGCAACAGGAGGAGCAGGAUAUGUACCGUAUUUGACUGCAGGUGUGAUUUGGAUAAUAACCAUAGUGAUGGUCGUACUGAUUCCUGCCUAGAAGAUGAAGAAACAACAGGAGGGCCGGUCCUGAUCAAGUCUACCAAUCACUCCACCAGUGCACGAUGGAUGAAGACAAAGUCUACAGCACUCUCACACCCUUCAAAAGCGAACAGCACUCCACACAGCUUUGUCACAGCGUUCAC